GGCCGAGGAGGCUUCCAGGUUAAUUCUGAGAAUUACAGAUGCAAGCCCUCCACCUUGAUUUCAGGAGGAAGAAGGGGAAAUUCGUACCGGGUGCUCUGAGGCACACUCAGACUAGGUCCGAAGUCGCGACAUGGAUGCAGUGAGCUAUGAGGAUGUGCAUGUGAACUUCACUCAGGAAGAAUGGGUUUUGCUGGAUCCUUCACAGAAGAGUCUCUACAAAGAUGUGAUGCUGGAGACCUACAGGAACCUCAGUGCCAUAGGCUACAAUUGGGAAGACCAUAAUACUGAAGAACAUUGUCAAAGUUCUAGAAGAUGUGGAAGGCAUGAAAGACGUCACACUGGAGAGGAACCUUAUGAAUACACUAAAGGUGGUAAAGCCUUUGCAUAUUACAGUCAUCCUCAAUGGCAUGAAAGAAUUCAUACUGGAGAGACACCCUAUGAAGUUAUUCGAUAUUGUGAAGACUUUGCCUAUCACAGUAGUCUUCAGAUGUAUAAAAGAAUAGAUAUUGGAGAGAAACCUUAUGAAUGUAAUCAGUGUGGGAAAGCAUUUACAUAUCAUAGUCAACUUCGAAGACAUAAAAGAACACAUACCGGCGAGAAACCCUACAAAUGUAAUCAAUGUGGUAAAGCCUUUUCACAAAAUGGUCAUCUCGUAAUACAUAAAAGAACACAUACUGGUGAGAAACCUUAUGAUUGCAAUCAAUGUGGUAAAGCAUUUACAGAUCAAAGUCAACUUCGAAUACAUAAACGAGCACACACUGGAGAGAAACCCUACAAAUGUAAUCAGUGUGAUAAAGCCUUUUUACAAAACAUUAAUCUCAGAAUACAUAAACGAGCACACACUGGAGAGAAACCCUACAAAUGUAAUCAAUGUGAUAAAGCCUUUGCGCAAAAUGGUCAUCUCAUAAUACAUCAAAGAACACAUACUGGAGAGAAACCCUAUGAAUGUAAUCAGUGUGGUAAAGCGUUUGCAGAUCAAAGUCAACUUCGAAUACAUAGAAGAAUACAUACUGGAGAGAAACCCUACAAAUGUAAUCAGUGUGAUAAAGCCUUUGCACAACACAGUAAUCUCCGAAUACAUAAAAGGACACACACUGGAGAGAAACCCUAUGAAUGUAAUCAAUGUGAUAAAGCCUUUUUACAAAACAUUAAUCUCAAAAUACAUAAAAGAGCUCAUACUGGUGAGAAAAGUUAUGAAUGUAGUCAAUGUGGUAAAGCCUUUGCACGUUACUAUCAUCUUCAAUGUCAUGAACGAAUUCAUACUGAAGAGAAACCUUACAAAUGUAAUCAGUGUGACAAAGUCUUUUCACAAUCACAUAGUCUCCGAAUACACGAAAGGACACAUACUGGAGAGAAACCCUAUGUGUGUAAUCAGUGUGGUAAAGCCUUUGCAGAUAAUAGUCACCUUCGAAGACAUAAAAGGACGCAUACUGGAGAGAAACCCUAUGAAUGUAAUCAAUGCGGUUCAGCCUUUUCACAAAACAGCUAUCUCAGAAUACAUAAAAGAACACAUACUGGAGAGAAACACUUUGAAUAAACAAGCAAUAUGAUAAAAACUUUGCAUAUAGCAGUACUCUUAGAAAUCAUGAGAAAAGUCAGCCUACAGAGAAACCCCACUAAUGUAGUGAGUGUGGUAAAGUUUUGUACUUCCUUGUGUUUUUAUAUAAGAGGAAAACCUUCAGUUCACAGUCAGUCUGUUAAAGGCUGCGUAUCCCAGCAGUCUUUGAGGUUCUGAAAGAACUACUGAAGGGAGUCUGUGACUAUAAGGGAUUUGGUACGAUGUUUAGCCAACACACAUUCAGUUACACAACAUUUAUCCUAGAGAAAAAAAUGAAACACGUGUCAACAGUCUCUUCAGGCAUUAUGUUGUCACUGUUUUGGUUGUACUUUUUUUCUUUUCCAUUCGCUUUUGUAUGUUAAACCAUCUCUGUAUCUCUGGGAUGAAGCCUACUUGGACAUCAUACAAGAUCCCUUUGGUCUUUUGCUUGAUUGAAUUUGCAAGUAUUUUAUUUUUACAUCUGUUCUCACAUGAGAAAUUGGUCUAUAAUACUCUUUUCAUUGAGUCUUUUUGUGUUUUGGGUAUCAGGGUAACUGUGGCUUCAUAAAAUGAAUUGGGCAAUGUUCCCUUUUUCUAUUUUUUAAAAUUCUGUAAAGAAUAUUUACCUCCUGAAGAGGCAAAUCUAGAUGCUGAGAUUUUGGUGAAUUUAUUGUUAACAUCUGCUCCCGUGUGUACUAAACCUUCAAUCUCAGUUCCAUUUAUUUGUACUUUCAGCUUUUGUCUUUCAUCAUUUCUAGCAGUUGGCUAAAAAUACUCGUUUUUGCUCUCUCCUGAAUUUGUUCUUUUAUCUACAGAAGCUGUUCUGUCCUUGAUCACAUGCAGACUGCAUUGUUUUUUUUUAACAACAGGCAUUAAAUCUUUUAAUUGCUAUAUGGGCAAGUUUCUUUGAAACUAAUAGGAUAUAAUUGAACUGAAUUUGACUGUGGGCCCUGUGGUAGGCCCCAUAGGGUGUUUCUGAAGGCAAAGCGUUUCCUUGUCUAUCCCUUGUUGAUCUGCAUUCAUUAGCCCAGUGCUGGCCUUUGCCACACCUUCUGCAUACUCCAGAAGGCUGGGGCCUUCCUUUUGAAUUAUCUCUGGAAAAAAACACCUACAAUCCCUUGUCAAAUGUCCAGGCUUACCACAAUGAGAACAUCUGGCAUUUUGAUAUUUCCUAAACUUUGAGAAAUUACUUCUCCUAUCAGAGUAACAUCAUCAAUUUGAGACACAAUGUUGCCCGUAUUCCUCUGUUGGUGCUAAUCUUGCCUGUAAAGGUCUAAUCAGUGUUUUGCAUUCUGAAUUAGCAUGUUCAAAAGCCAAAAUCUACAAUUAGCAUUUUUCUGACUCCUAAAUCUGAUACCAUUUUAUUUGUAGCUAAGUUAAGUUUUGCAAAUCAUCAGAGAAGGCUUCUCUUGGGCCGUGUAUAAUUUUAGUAAACAACUCAGACCUCUUUCCUGAACCUUGAACUUCAUCCCAAGCAUUUAAAGCUGCCAAAUAACAUAGUGCCAUGAUGCGAUUAUCAAGUUCAAGCUGGCUGUGUAACUCAGCCCAGUGACCUUCACCUCACAACUCAUCUUGGGAAAUAUCAAUCCCCCUAGCCUGAUGGCAUUGUGCUAUAGCUCUCACUUCCUCUCUCUCUCUCUCUCUCUCUCUCUCUCUCUCUCUUUAACUUUUUUUUUUACAUUUAAAAAAAUUUAUUAUGAGUGC